AUGCAAAGUACAGCCGUGGAUUUUACAUGUGACCGCAUAAGUCCAGUUCGUUCACCGCAACUUCCAUCCAGCACAUCGCUUGAUCAAACACCUCUUUCUGCAGAUCUCACGGCCGCUCUAUCCGCAUUGCGAACACCUAUUGCAGUAACAACAACAACAACAAUACCCAAUUUUCCCAUUUUUCCUUUCUCUGAUCCUAGCUUUUUUGCACUUACACAACAGCUUAAUAAUCUUACUAGUCUUCCAAAAUUUCCUUUAGCACCAUUCAUAACGCCGAUUGUUUCAACAAUACCCACAACUAUUGCAACACCAAUUCCUAAAAGAACGCAACUCGAACCCACACCAGCUAGUCCUCAGUCAUGCACAUCUACAGUGAUCUCCUCAAGUCCUCAAGCUUCUCCACAUCGAAAGCAAGCUGCGCCAAUUCCGAAUGAAAAAAAGGAUGAAGCAUAUUACGAAAGGAGAAGAAAGAAUAAUGAUGCAGCGAAGCGCUCGCGAGAUGCCAGAAGGCAAAAAGAAGAAGCAGUUGCAGCUCGAGCAGCUCUUCUUGAACAGGAGAAUAUACAGUUAAGAAGUCAGGUAGCUCUUUUACAAAAAGAAACUGCUAAAUUACAUCUAUUAUUAUUUUCGCAAACGAAACCGUUCGAUAGCAACAAUCCAUUAGCGCAUUUAAAAACCGAUCAGGCGAAUAACGGUGUGGAAAGUGGAAAAUCGUUUUCCGUGGAACAUUUACCCAGCUAA